CACUGUCCAAACUCCUCCCUCACCCCACCUCCAUGUGGCCUGAUGCCUGACACCCAGCCUCCUGCUGAAAGGCGACACUGGGCCAGUCAGCUGCCCUAGUCACCCUAAGACGAGACACACAGCCGGGCUGCAGGAAGAUGGGGCACUUGGCACAAGUCUCCAAGACGAUUCUUGAAUGAUCUUGCUGCUGCUCCAGUCUUGCCUGGUUUUCUACUGCCUGAUCUUUUCCUGGCUCAAAAUCUGGAGGAAAAUGACCGACUCAAAGCCCGGCACUAAAACACCAGUGGAAGUGACCUUGCUCCUCAGUCAGGAGCCCUCUGCAGCUUCAGCAAACUCAGGGGCACCCCAGCCACACUCCGAGGACUGCUGCUCUUCCCCUCCAAAGUCCCCUCAGGCCUCCGAGCCAGCACCCCUCAAAGACUCCAGAAAUGCUCGCCACCAAAAACCCUCCCGGCCUCUUCUGCACCACAAGCCCCCCAGGACCCCCGUGGCCUCCGACAGCGCAUCCCCAGCAGACUCAGCUCGUGACAAGGGGACAGGAGGUUCUCAGGACCCAGACUCCAAUGGUCUCGAGGCCACCAGGCAGCAGGGCCCUCAGGCCGGAGCCCUCUCCAAGGAUGAGGAGAAGCAGGCGCAUCUCAAGAGACAGUUGAUGACUGACUUCAUUCUGGGCUCCUUCGACGACAACUCCUCAGACGAUGACACGGGCACCUUCCAGCACUCUGCACGUAAGGGCAGCCGGACCAGCCUGGGGGCCCCAUCCCCGGACCCUGCUCUGGCCACCUCCCACCUUGAAGCGCCCACUUCUGUGAUCAGGCCCAGCAUGUCGGGACUCCAUCUGGUGAAGAGGGGCCGAGAGCACAAGAAACUGGACCUGCACAGAGACUUCACCGUGGCCUCCCCCGCAGAGUUUGUCACACGCUUUGGGGGGGACCGGGUCAUCGAGAAGGUGCUCAUCGCCAACAAUGGCAUCGCCGCUGUGAAGUGCAUGCGCUCCAUCCGCAGGUGGGCCUAUGAGAUGUUCCGCAAUGAACGGGCCAUCCGCUUCGUUGUCAUGGUAACACCCGAAGACCUCAAGGCCAACGCAGAGUACAUCAAAAUGGCAGAUCAGUACGUGCCUGUCCCGGGGGGGCCCAACAACAACAACUAUGCCAACGUGGAGCUGAUCGUGGACAUAGCCAAGAGGAUCCCCGUGCAGGCCGUGUGGGCCGGCUGGGGCCACGCUUCGGAAAACCCCAAACUUCCAGAGCUCCUGUGUAAACAUGACAUCGCUUUCUUAGGACCCCCCAGUGAAGCCAUGUGGGCCCUGGGAGAUAAGAUCGCCUCUACCAUCGUGGCCCAAACGCUGCAGAUUCCAACCCUGCCCUGGAGUGGAAGCGGUCUGACUGUGGAAUGGUCAGGCGAAGAUUUGCAGCAGGGCAAGAGAAUCCGAGUCCCUGAAGACAUUUACGAGCAGGGUUGUGUGAAAGACAUAGAUGAAGGCCUGGAGGCAGCAGAAAAAAUCGGGUUCCCACUGAUGAUCAAAGCCUCUGAGGGAGGAGGAGGGAAGGGGAUCCGGAAGGCAAAGAACGCUGAGGACUUCCCCAUCCUGUUCCGACAAGUGCAAAGCGAAAUCCCAGGCUCCCCAGUCUUCCUCAUGAAGCUAGCCCAGCAUGCCCGGCACCUGGAGGUACAGAUUCUCGCUGACCAGUACGGCAACGCCGUGUCGCUCUUUGGCCGUGACUGCUCCAUCCAGCGGCGCCACCAGAAGAUCAUUGAGGAGGCUCCGGCCACCAUCGCCACCCCUGCCGUGUUCGAGUUCAUGGAGCAGUGUGCUGUGCGCCUUGCCAAGACAGUGGGCUACGUGAGUGCGGGCACGGUUGAGUACCUCUACAGCCAGGAUGGGAGCUUCCACUUCCUGGAGCUGAACCCCCGCCUUCAGGUGGAACACCCCUGCACCGAAAUGAUCGCCGACGUCAACCUGCCGGCCGCCCAGCUGCAGAUUGCCAUGGGCGUCCCGCUGCACCGGCUGAAGGACAUCCGGCUCCUGUACGGGGAGUCCCCGUGGGCCAUGACUCCCAUCUCCUUCGAGACCCCGGCCAACCCGCCUUUGGCCCGAGGCCAUGUCAUUGCUGCUCGGAUCACCAGUGAGAACCCUGAUGAGGGAUUUAAGCCCAGCUCUGGGACAGUCCAGGAACUGAAUUUCCGAAGCAACAAGAAUGUGUGGGGUUAUUUCAGCGUGGCAGCUGCCGGAGGCUUGCAUGAGUUCGCAGAUUCCCAGUUUGGCCACUGCUUCUCCUGGGGAGAAAACCGAGAAGAGGCCAUCUCGAACAUGGUAGUGGCGUUGAAGGAACUGUCCAUCCGCGGGGACUUCAGGACCACUGUCGAGUAUCUCAUCAAUCUUUUGGAGACCGAGAACUUCCAAAACAAUGAUAUUGACACUGGCUGGCUGGACCACCUCAUCGCCCAGAAAGUGCAGGCCGAGAAGCCAGACAUCAUGCUGGGAGUAGUGUGUGGAGCCUUGAAUGUGGCCGAUGCCAUGUUCCGGACCUGCAUGACUGAUUUUCUGCACUCUCUGGAAAGGGGCCAGGUGCUGCCUGCGGACUCGCUACUCAAUAUAGUGGAUGUGGAGCUCAUCUACGGAGGUGUCAAGUACAUGCUCAAGGUAACCCGGCAGUCGCUCACCAUGUUUGUUCUCAUCAUGAAUGGCUGCCACAUUGAGAUAGAUGCCCACCGGCUCAACGAUGGCGGCUUGCUUCUGUCCUGCAACGGGAGCAGCCACACCACCUACAUGAAGGAGGAGGUAGACAGUUACCGCAUCACCAUUGGCAACAAGACAUGCGUGUUUGAGAAGGAGAAUGACCCCACGGUGCUGAGGUCCCCCUCGGCCGGGAAGCUGAUCCAGUACAUGGUGGAGGACGGGGGCCACGUGGAGGCUGGCAACAGCUAUGCUGAGAUCGAGGUGAUGAAGAUGAUCAUGACCCUGAGCGUGCAGGAGGGUGGCUGCGUGCGCUACCUGAAACGACCGGGAGCUGUGCUGGAGGCGGGCUGUGUGGUGGCCCGGCUGGAGCUCGACGACCCUUCCAAAGUGCACGCAGCUGAGCCAUUUACCGGAGAGCUGCCUGCACAGCCCACGAUGCCCAUCCUGGGUGAGAAGCUGCACCAGGUCUUCCACAACGUGCUGGAGAAUCUCACCAACGUCAUGAAUGGCUACUGCCUGCCCGAGCCCAUUUUCAGCAUCAAGCUCAAAGAAUGGGUGCAGAAGCUCAUGAUGACCCUCCGGCACCCCACGCUGCCAUUGCUGGAACUGCAGGAGAUCAUGACAAGCGUGUCAGGCCGCAUCCCUGUGCCUGUGGAGAAGGCCGUUCGUCGGGUGAUGGCACAGUAUGCCAGCAACAUCACCUCCGUGCUGUGCCAGUUCCCCAGCCAACAGAUUGCCAGCAUCCUGGACUGCCACGCAGCUACACUGCAGCGCAAGGCUGACCGUGAAGCCUUCUUCAUGAACACACAGAGCAUCGUACAGCUGGUGCAGAAGUAUCGCAGCGGCACUCGGGGCUACAUGAAGGCCGUGGUGUUGGACCUCCUGCGGAAAUACCUGCAAGUCGAGCACCAUUUUCAGCAAGCCCACUACGACAAGUGUGUCAUCAACCUUCGGGAACAACUGAAACCAGACAUGUCCCAGGUGCUAGACUGUAUCUUCUCCCACGCACAGGUGGCCAAGAAGAACCAGCUGGUGAUCAUGUUGAUUGAUGAGCUUUGCGGUCCUGAUCCUUCGUUGUCAGACGAGCUGAUAUCCAUCCUCAAUGAACUCACUCAGCUGAGCAAAAGCGAGCACUGCAAGGUGGCUCUGAGAGCCAGACAGGUCCUCAUCGCUUCCCACCUCCCCUCUUAUGAGCUUCGGCACAACCAGGUGGAAUCCAUCUUCAUGUCUGCCGUGGACAUGUAUGGCCACGAGUUCUGCCCUGACAACCUCAAGAAGUUGAUCCUUUCGGAGACCACCAUCUUUGACGUCUUGCCCACGUUCUUCUAUCACACCAACCAGGUUGUCUGCAUGGCAUCCUUGGAGGUAUAUGUGCGCAGGGGUUACAUCGCCUACGAGCUCAACAGCCUGCAGCACAGGCAGCUCCCGGAUGGCACCUUCGUGGUGGAGUUCCAGUUCAUGCUGCCCUCCUCCCAUCCAAACCGAAUGGCCGUGCCCAUCAGUAUUACCAACCCCGACCUGCUGCGCCACAGCACAGAGCUCUACAUGGACAAUGGCUUCUCCCCGCCAUGCCAGCGCAUGGGCGCCAUGGCUGCCUUCAGGACCUUCGACGACUUCACAAGGAACUUUGAUGAAGUCAUCUCCUGCUUUGCCAAUGUGCCCAGGGAUGCCCCCCUCUUCAGCAAGGCACGAAACCCCCUCUAUUCUGAGGAAGACGGUAAGUGUUCCCGGGAGGAGCCUAUCCAUAUCCUGAACGUGGCCAUCCAGAGUGUAGACCACUUGGAGGAUGAGGAGCUGGUGCCCAUUUUCAGGACCUUUGUCCAGUCCAAGAAAAAUAUCCUUGUGGAAUAUGGACUCCGGAGAAUCACCUUCCUAAUCGCCCAAGAGAGAGAAUUUCCCAAGUUUUUCACCUUCCGGGCCAGAGAUGAGUUCGCCGAGGACCGCAUCUACCGUCACCUGGAGCCAGCCCUGGCCUUCCAGCUGGAGCUGAGCCGAAUGCGCAGCUUCGAACUCAAUGCCGUGCCCUGUGCCAACCACAAGAUGCACCUUUAUCUGGGCGCAGCCAGGGUGAAGGAGGGCGCAGAGGUCACCGACCACAGGUUCUUCAUUCGUGCCAUCAUCCGCCACUCGGACCUGGUCACCAAGGAAGCGUCCUUUGAGUACCUGCAGAACGAGGGCGAGCGUCUGCUUCUGGAGGCCAUGGACGAGCUGGAGGUGGCCUUCAACAACACGAGCGUGCGCACUGACUGUAACCACAUCUUCCUCAACUUCGUGCCGACCGUCAUCAUGGACCCCUACAAGAUCGAGGAGGCCGUUCGGUCCAUGGUGAUGCGCUAUGGCAGCCGCCUCUGGAAGCUGCGUGUGCUGCAGGCCGAGGUCAAGAUCAACAUCCGAGAGUCCACCUCGGGCCAUGCCAUCCCCAUCCGCCUCUUCAUCACCAACGAGUCCGGCUACUACCUGGACAUCAGCCUCUAUGAGGAAGUGACUGACCAAAGAUCAGGCAACAUCAUGUUUCAGUCCUUUGGCAACAAGCAAGGGCCCCAUCAUGGGAUGCUGAUCAACACACCCUAUGUCACCAAGGACCUGCUGCAGGCCAAGCGCUUCCAGGCCCAGACCCUGGGCACCACCUACAUCUACGACUUCCCGGAAAUGUUCAGGCAGGCUCUCUUCAAACUGUGGGGUUCCCCAGACAAGUACCCCAAAGACAUCCUGACUUACACAGAGCUAGUGCUGGACCCUCAGGGCCAGCUGGUGGAGAUGAACCGAGUGCCCGGUGGAAAUGAGGUGGGCAUGGUGGCCUUCCGAAUGAAACUGAAGACGCAGGAGUACCCAGAGGGACGUGACGUGAUCGUCAUCGGGAAUGACAUCACCUUCCGCAUCGGCUCUUUUGGCCCCCGUGAGGACCUGCUGUACCUUCGGGCUUCAGCUUUGGCCCGGGCUGAGGGCAUCCCCAAAAUCUACCUGGCCGCCAACAGUGGGGCCCGCAUUGGCCUCGCAGAGGAAAUCAAACACAUGUUCCAGGUGGCCUGGGUGGACCCUGAAGACCCCCACAAAGGCUAUAAGUACCUGUACCUGACGCCCCAAGACUACACCCGGAUCAGCCCCCUGAACUCAGUGCAUUGCACACACAUCGAGGAGGAAGGAGAGUCCAGGUAUGUCAUCACAGAUAUCAUUGGCAAGGACGACGGCCUGGGAGUGGAAAACCUCAGAGGUUCGGGCAUGAUCGCUGGCGAGUCCUCGCUGGCAUAUGAAGAGAUUGUCACCAUCAGCUUGGUGACCUGCCGAGCCCUGGGCAUCGGGGCAUACCUGGUGAGGCUGGGCCAGCGCGUGAUCCAGGUGGAAAAUUCUCACAUCAUCUUGACGGGAGCAGGUGCUCUCAAUAAGGUGCUGGGCCGAGAGGUGUACACAUCCAACAACCAGCUGGGUGGUGUGCAGAUCAUGCACAACAACGGCGUUGCCCACAUCACAGUGCCCGACGACUUCGAGGGUGUCUUCACCAUUCUGGAGUGGCUGUCAUACUUGCCCAGGGACAAUCACAGCCCCGUCCCCAUCAUUGUGCCCAGCGACCCCAUCGACCGGGAAAUCGAGUUUCACCCGUCCAGAGCUCCCUACGAUCCCCGAUGGAUGCUUGCAGGGAGGCCGCACCCAGCUGUGAAGGGGGCCUGGCAGAGCGGCUUCUUCGACCAGGGCAGCUUCCGGGAAAUCCUGCAGCCUUGGGCCCAGACGGUGGUGACAGGACGAGCUAGGUUGGGCGGGAUCCCCGUGGGCGUGAUCGCCGUGGAGACGAGGACGGUGGAGGUAGCCAUCCCCGCAGAUCCGGCCAACCUGGACUCAGAGGCCAAGAUCAUUCAGCAGGCGGGCCAGGUAUGGUUUCCGGAUUCGGCCUACAAGACAGCCCAGGCCAUUAAAGACUUCAACCGGGAGAAGCUGCCCCUGAUGAUUUUUGCCAACUGGAGGGGCUUCUCGGGGGGCAUGAAAGACAUGUACGACCAGGUGCUGAAGUUUGGCGCCUACAUUGUGGACGGCCUUCGCCAGUACAAGCAGCCAGUCCUCAUCUAUAUUCCUCCCUACGCCGAGCUCCGGGGGGGCUCCUGGGUGGUGGUGGACCCCACCAUCAACCCCCUGUGCAUGGAGAUGUAUGCAGACAAAGAGAGCAGAGGGGGUGUUCUGGAGCCAGAAGGGACCGUGGAGAUUAAGUUCCGACAGAAAGAUCUCACAAAGGCCAUGAAAAGGAUUGACCCAGUCUACAAGAAACUCGUGGAAAAGCUUGGGGCUCCGGACCUCUCAGACAAGGAGAUGAAGGAGCUGGAGGCGCAGCUGAAGGAGCGGGAGGAGCAGCUGCUGCCCAUCUAUCACCAAGUGGCAGUGCAGUUUGCCGACCUGCAUGACACUCCGGGCCGGAUGCUAGAGAAGGGCGUCAUCUCGGACGUGCUGGAGUGGAGGACAUCACGCACCUUCCUGUACUGGCGCCUUCGCCGCCUGCUGCUGGAGGCCCAAGUCCACCAGGAGAUCGUGCGUUCGUGUGGGGAGCUGGGCCAUGUGCACAUCCAGUCCAUGCUGCGCCGCUGGUUCGUGGAGACCGAGGGCGCCGUCAAGGCCUACCUGUGGGACAAUAACCAGAUGGUGGUGCAGUGGCUGGAGCAGCACUGGCAGGUGGGGGACAAGCUGCGCUCCACCAUCAGCGACAACAUCAAGUACCUGCAGCGUGACUCUGUCCUCAAGACAAUCCGAGGCCUGGUUGAGGAGAACCCUGAGGUGGCCAUGGACUGCAUAAUGCACCUGAGCCAACACAUCAGCGCGGCAGAGAGGGCCCAGAUCGCCCACCUCCUGUCCACCAUGGAAAGCCCAGCCUCCACCUGACCCCAGCCUCUGGCCACUCCCAGAACCACCGGUGAGACAAACCCCACUGGACUGCUGACCCUAACACCCCGCAAAGACUUGGGGGACUCGGUUUAAAAGGAAAGGAAAAAAAAUCAUAGUCCUUUGGGCAAGGCUGCUGAACCCAGAGACUCCUGUGUCAAUAAAAGGCUCUCUGGGUACCUCCCCAACACAAUCAGCUCCUCUCCCUGAGCAAAAAGCUCCUUUGGCUCAGUCUGGUGACAGCCGCAUCCCUGGUGCACGCUGAAGCCCUGAAGCGCAGGACCACUUCCUUCUGCCCUGCAGCGCCUCCCGUGGAUCUAGGUGGUGGGCUUCGUUGGAAGGGGUCCACUAGCAGAGCUGCUCAUCUGGACUGAGAAGAGAAACCAAAACAACUGUCUGGCCACUGUGUCCUUCGAAUUCUGAGUCUUUCUUAUGGUGCCUCCUCCUAUUCCCUGGAGAACAAGGACUGGUCUCCUGCAAGGCUGAUUCUGGCUGGAUAAGCGUCUCCUUGGGCCUGCACUCUCCUCCCAGGGCUGGGAGCACAGUGGGUGCAGAGACUCACCUCCAACCUGCCCCUCAGGGCAUCCCCAACUAGGAUUGUUGCCAACUUCCCCCAGAGUGGGUCCCUGAGUCACUCAGCCCAUCCCCUUACUAACUGGCUUCUAUACACCAGGAGCCCACCAUGACCCAAGGGGUUAGAGCUGUCUGUUCCCGAAUACUGGCUCAUGAGAUCCACCCACCGUUUGCAUUACCCAUGUCUUUGCCAUAUGCCCCUGCCUGCCCCGGCUCUGCAGGUGGCACCAGUUUGUAGCCUAAAUCUGUGCCCUCCCACCUACCUGCCUCCAACCCGGGAUAAGGGUUAGAGGCCGAGCUACCCCCUUGGGAUGGGCUGUUUGAGGGUACCAGAUGUUAUGCCAACUUGGAGACCCACGAGGCUGCCUCUUCAAGCUGGGAUGUGAGAGGGUGUUUGGGUGUUUGGAAAGCCGGUGAUGGCUCUGGUCAUGACUGGAGUGGGGGGGGCGGGAGGCAGUGCUUUCCUGCUUGUUCCAUCCAGGCAGGAGGAGGAAGGAUUUGAGCUGCUGGGACAGUGUGUGUUGGCCUCCCAGUGCGAUGACUGUCCGUGACUCAAGAAUGGUGUGGCCAAGAAACCCACCAAGAAAUGAAUGAAUGGGAAAAAUAAAUUAUUUUUUGAAAGAA